AUGAUGCUGAAUCAAGGAAAGCUUUCGAUCGUUUUUUUGCUCCUCAAGGGUUUUUGUGACGCAUUCGCCGCAGGGGAAAAUGAAGGCGAGGCUUUACAAAGCAUGAGUGGCAGGAUACUUAAUUUUGAUCUCAAUGCACCGCCGCCACCAGACAUAGACGAAACAAAAAUAGAGACGAAUGCGAUGAAAGAUCCGAUUCAUAAUCGUCACGACAAAAGUGUUAGUCUAAAUGCAGGACUGGAACAUAUCACUGCCCAAAAUUCAAGCCCAAUACCUCGACCAUCUGUCCGGACUUCUGAUUUCAAAAUGUGUGACCAAAGGUCAAACCAACCACAAGCUGGCAUGGAAGAAAAAAAAUCUGGCGGUCCUGAUAUCUCAAAUUCAUGCAGAAUCCCCGCCCGCGAAGCCAAGACACGCUUGUUAACAGAACUCUAUGAAUCAGAGGAAGUUUGGGGUAAGAGUGUUCCCGGGUCAAAACGUAUGAGGAUUUGUUCCGAGGGAUUGUCUUCCGAAAUGUUUGAAAUUUCAUCAAGUGACAAUUUGAAGACGAGUCAGCCUGGAACAAGCCCGGGGAGAUCUGCGAAAAGUACUACGGAAAUGCAUUCUCCUCAAGGCGUGACUGAACUUCAGGAUUCUAUCUCAAAUCAUAUCCCCAGUCGUGUCCGAGAGUCAAACAGAAAGUAUCCUCAGAUCUUUGUAUCAGAAGACUUGGACAAAGAUGCUUUGCCACCCAAGGAGUUAAAGCAAGAGUUGCCUCAUAAACUUCUUGCUUUGACUGCUAGCACGAGCAGUCCCGCAAGUCUCGAAAGACCGUCAAUUUUUGAGAUCAAGACCCGGAUGGGUUUGCAAGAGGAGUUGACAGAGCCUGAUUGGGACUGCUCUGAAACUCAAGACACUGGUGCUCUAUAUACAUCAUGA